AUGCCCCGCUUGUCGACUAUCACGUUUCUCCCCUCUGCUGGAAACACGUCCCUGUCUAGAAAAUUAACCAUUAUACAACCGCCCGUUGAUUUCCGCCACUUAUAUGCAAGCUCUUUCGACCUAUCUAUCAAUUCAUUCGAGCGGCCAAAUCCUCUUCAAAAUCCCACUCGGCGAAAACGUCGACAAUCUCAACCUCCGCCUCCGCCACGCCCAACUCCUCAUCCUACAUCUUUCGCCAUUAACCGAGGAGUGAACUUUCUGCAAAAAGAAAAUAAAUUACGCGUACUUGCCUCGAACAUAUUCCUAUCUGCUGUGUCCCCAUUAGACAUUCGGUUGUCUAUAGCUCGUUUUGAGAACGAGAUGGCACUUGCCAGCGGAGAUACUAUAUGCUCUUCUUGCGGCAAGCUUGUCCCUAGUACUAAUAUACGUCGAUUUCUUGAUAGUGAUCCCUUGCUGCGGCCAUUGGAAGGGCUUCUCGAUAGCUGCGGUUGCAAUGACGGUUUCUCGAGUCUCUGCUCGAUAUGCUAUGCCGCGCUCCUUCGAGGAUCGACUCCGAAAUUCUCCGCCCAAAAUAAUCACUAUCCUGGCGCCCUCAAGGAUCUUACUCUGACCGAAGAAUAUCUUAUCGCCAAAUCUCACCCUGUUGGGGUGGUUGUGAAAUUACGGCCUAGGGGUCAAACGUCGCCGGCAAACUACCGUGCGUUACGUGGCCAUUUCAUCAUUAUACCUCCUGAGCUGCAGUUCACUGAGCUUAUUAAACUAUUUUUGACUAUUCGUAAAUAUAAGGUUCUUGCUGCUCUUCGCUAUCUCGUGCGUUAUAACCCUUUGUAUAGAGACGUUACGAUAGAUCAUUCAGCUGUGGAUCACUGGCCCGAUGAUUUUAUACCUUUAGAUUUAUAG